AUGGUAACUCGUAUUGGUGCCGCCUCUAUGAGGGCCAUUGGUGCUGAACGGAGAUACUGCAGUGGACGAACUCGCUUGCAUCGUCACAAUUACGAACCUAAAAGGAUAGCCGUUAUUGGUGGCGGUAUCACCGGGCUCUCCACGGCUUACUAUGCUGCUCAGAAGUUCCCCUCAGCAGAAAUUACGAUUUUCGAGUCCACGUCGCGACUUGGGGGCGUGAUAGAAUCGAAACCUAUCAGUGUCUCUGGCCCUAGCCCGGGAUCCUUCCUCUGUGAAGUUGGGCCUAGAACUCUGCGAGCUAAUGCUCCAAGAGCAGUGGUAACCUGUGAACUUAUUCACCUGCUAGGUUUGACAGAUAAACUUCUAAAGGUGCCCAAAGACUCACCGGCGGCUGGUACUCGUUACAUCAUGUAUCCCAAGCGUCUAGUUGCCCUCCCCGCGUCCGACUCUGUACUCAUUCGGAGACACAUCGCUUCUAUCCCAGCGCCAACGACCUUCGGGAUGUUCCGUUUACUCCGGAUAGCCUGGUUAGCGGUCACGCAGCCGUUGUUCCACGGUGCUCUCUCUGGUGUUCUACAAGAUAUGUUUAUAGCACGAAGGCCCGGUCGGCUCCUGGAUGAAUCAAUUGGGCAUUUUGUCAGUCGACGUUGGCACCCAAGCCUGGCAGACAAUUUCCUAUCCGCAGUCAUGCAUGGACUGUACGCUGGUGACAUCUAUCAACUGAGUAUGAAAGCUCUGAUGCCGAAGAUGUGGAGUCUUGAGCUGGCUGCCGAGGCGCACAGGAUACGGAUGGGACCGCUGCUUGGUUCUGGAGGUAUCCUCAGAGCAAUGAUAUGCGCGGGUGACCCGAGACACAGAGAAUCUGAUGGUAGACCAGCAACCGGAGAGAGCGCGUCGCUUGAGGCCCACCGCAGGGAACACUCCAUGCUAGAUCACCUCCAGAACGGCAUAUCGGCAGAAUUACAGCAGGACCUUCAAAAAACAAGUGUCUUCAGCUUUGAGGGCGGCAUCGAGACGCUGGUAGAUGCUUUGGGUAGUGGUCUGAAGAGAUAUCCCAAGGUAGAUAUUCAGCUUGGUUCCAAAGUUACACAUAUAUCAACGCGGAACGAUGCUAUCAAGAUCCAGGUGAAUGACGGCAUACCUCAAGAAUUUGACAGCGUCAUAGCUACCAUACCGUUUCGCCUGCUAAAGUCUCUGAUUCCUUGGCAAAGAUCGUUAUCAUCACUUGCAGCUCCCGCCGUUACUGUCAUGGGCAAGACUCUGGUAUCUGUACGGGGACCAAAAUCACGGUUAUCCUUGGCGGCCAUUGGUGGAAAAGCAAACUGGAAAAUCAAUUACCGAGCAGCAAUCAAGGACUGGAAAUGGCACGUCAAGUCUUGGCUCGUCAUCUUGGAAUACGUGCAGAACCUUCGGUUACAUGUGUGA